GGUUAGCAUAAUAUUUUUCUUUGGCAACCAAGGCGCAGGCAGUAACGCAAUCCGGUGAAAUUCCAUUUUCCGCAUUCCCAAUUCCCAGUGCGUCGCAGUAUCCGCGGAGAUCCCGGGACAGCGUUUGGCGAUCGGCGAUCAUGGCAAAGGUUUCGAACGCGGCCGCCCCGGCGGAUCUGCCGUCACAGGGAGAGCUCGAUUGGAUUCAGAUGCGGAGCGAUUUCUCCGGCAUGCACGCCGAAACAACGAAGGAAAAGAUGGCUCGUAAGGUGAAGGAGAACCCGCUGGUGCCGAUCGGUUGCGCAGCGACACUGACGGCGCUCGGGCUGGGGCUCUGGAACUUCCGCAAGGGCCGGUCCCAAAUGUCCCAGUACAUGAUGCGCGCCCGUAUCUUGGCGCAAGGGUUCACGGUGAUCGCGCUAAUCGUGGGCGUGGGGAUGACGUACGGAAGCAAGGAAGCUUCCAAAAAGUAGAUGCUAUCAGGAAGAAUAUACCAUAUAUUGUAAACUCGUUAGGUAA